AUGAAUCAGAUCAAACAGUUACACGCGCACAGUCUCAGAAUUGGCUUGGACGAAACCAAAGAUCUCUUACAACGAUUGCUUCUGAUUCCAAAUCUUGUUUAUGCCCGAAAGCUCUUUGAUCUUCAUCGAAACCCUUGUAUCUUCCUCUACAACAAGCUAAUUCAAGCUUACUCUGUUCAUAGCAAUCCUCAUGAAUCUAUCUUCCUCUUCAAUCUCCUCUCUUUCGAUGGUCUCCGACCAAAUCACCACACUUUCAAUUUCGUAUUUGCUGCUUCUGCUUCGAUUUCGUCAGUUAGACCUUUACGGAUGCUUCAUUCGCAGUUUUUUAGAUCCGGGUUUGAGUCAGAUUCCUUCUGCUGCACUGCUUUAGUCUCUGCCUACGCGAAGCUAGGAUCAUUGUGUUGUGCGCGCAGGGUGUUCGACGAAAUGUCUAACCGAGAUGUACCAGUGUGGAAUGCGAUGAUCACGGGUUACAAAAGACAAGGCGAUAUGAAGGCAGCGAUGGAGUUGUUUGAUUCAAUGCCUUGUAAGAACGUAAUCUCGUGGACCACCGUUAUUUCUGGUUUUGCUCAGAACGGGAAUUACUCUAAAGCUUUAACGAUGUAUUUGUGUAUGGAGAAAGACAAAUCCGUGAAACCGAAUCAUAUUAGUGUAGCUAGUGUUCUUCCGGCUUGUGCGUUUCUUGGGGAUUUGGAGGUUGGUCGAAGAAUAGAAGCGUAUGCUAGAGAGAACGGGUUCUUUGAUAACAUUUACGUCAGUAAUGCUACACUAGAAAUGUACUCAAAAUGUGGAAUGAUUGAUGCAGCGAAACGGAUAUUCGAUGAAAUGGGCAAUCAGAGAAAUUUGUGUUCAUGGAACUCCAUGAUCUGUAGCCUAGCUACUCAUGGGAAACACGCCGAUGCUCUCGAUCUUUAUUCCCAAAUGCUGGGAAAAGGAGAAAAACCUGACGCAGUUACAUUUGUUGGGUUGCUGCUAGCUUGUGUUCAUGGUGGGAUGGUGGUGAAGGGCAAAGAAUUGUUCAAGUCCAUGGAGGACGUUCACAAGAUUUCCCCAAAGCUAGAGCACUACGGAUGCAUGAUCGAUCUCUUGGGGCGUGUUGGGAAGCUACAGGAAGCUUAUGAUCUCAUCAAAACAAUGCCUAUGAAGUCAGAUGCUGUAGUAUGGGGAACCCUUUUGGGAGCUUGUAGUUUCCAUGGAAAUGUUGAGAUAGCAGAGAUAGCAAGCGAGGCGCUGUUCAAGCUUGAACCUUCAAAUCCAGGUAAUUGUGUGAUCAUGUCGAAUAUCUAUGCAACGAAUGAGAAGUGGGAUGGAGUUUCGAGGAUGAGAAAGAUGAUGAAGAAGGAAAUGUUGACAAAAGCUGCUGGAUAUAGCUAUUUAGUGGAAGUUGGAGUCGAAGUUCAUAACUUUACUGUGGAAGAUAAAUCACACCCAAGAUCUUAUGAGAUCUAUCAGGUUCUUGAUGAAAUUUCCCGGAGAAUGAAACCAAAGAAGAGUUACUUUGACUCUAUAAUGCAGCAUGAACAACUAUGCAUAUAG